GUUUUGGGAGUAAACAAUAAUAAUGUUGAGGUUAUAUUGCAAAGCAUGUAUUCACAAGACCAAUACGACAAACUUGAACAUCUGAGUGUGUCUUUAUUUGAAAGUGAAGGCACCACAUUUCCACAUUGGUUUUUGGAAAAUGCGCAGAAUUUGGAAAAACUAAUUGUUGAAUGGAGUUCUUUUGUAGAGAUAUUUCAUGAUCAAAGCAUCGGUAUUGAGGAGGGACAAGUCACAAUUAGCACACGACUAAAGGACCUUACUCUAAAUCAGCUACAUGACCUUGAUCAUAUAUGUAAAGAAGGACUUCAAAUUGACCCUGUUCUCCAACAUCUUGAACAGUUAGCUGUUGUCCAUUGUUCUAGUUUGGUAAAUUUGGUGCCUUCCUCUGUUACCUUUGCUUACUUGAGACAUUUGGAGGUAGCAAACUGUAAUGGAAUGAUCAAUCUGAUAACAUGCUUAACAGCAAAGAGUCUUGUCAACCUCGCAACAAUGAAAAUUGAGUCAUGCAAUUUACUACAAGAUAUAAUGAAUGCAAAUGAAAAUGAGAAAGACAAAGAAAUUGUAUUCUCCAGCUUGGAGACACUUGAACUUGUGUCUUUACCAAGGUUGCGUAGCUUUUGCUCAUGCAAAUGCUCUCUUCUCUUUCCACUGUUGGAGAAUGUAUUGGUGAAAGAAUGUCCUCGAAUGGAAAUUUUCUCUACAGGAGACACAAGCACACCUGAUCUUCAGCAAGUUCAAAUAGAAGAAAACAAUAAACAAAAUUUUUGGGAAGGAGACUUGAAUGGAACAAUAAACAAGUUGUUUGAGGAUAAGGUAUCAUUUUGUAGAUUCAGACAUUUGACCCUGUCUGAUUAUCCAGAGUUGAGAGACUUUUGGUAUGACAAAGAAUACCAUAAUUUAUUUGGCAAUUUAAAAUCUCUGGUGGUGCAAAAAUGUGAGUUUUUGUCAGAUGUUCUUUUUACGUCAAACACAUUGCAAGUUCUACAUGAAUUAGAAGAACUGGAAGUACGGAAUUGUGAUUCAUUAGUAACACUGUUUGAUGUGAAAGGAAUGAAGUCUAAUGGAGCAGAGAAACUAAACCGCAACUCAUUGGAACAAUUGGCACUAAAUGGCAAGGAUGCAAUGAUGAUACUCAAUGACCACAUGGAAGAAGCUAAAUUUCCAAAAGUAGAAACUCUUCGCAUGCAAUGUCUUUAUGACACACAGCUUACUUGGUGGAAUGAUUUACUUGAAAUAUUUCCCAAUGUAGUGGGUCUUCAAGUAAGACAAAGUUCUAUGCAAACAUUGUUUCCUGUUGAAGAAAGUGCUCAUUGCAGUACAAGGAUUGCUCAACAAGUGAGGAAAUUGGAGCUUUUUGAAAUGGAGCAUCUCAAACAUAUUUGGCACGAAGAAUCUCUAGCUGAUCAACUUGCCCCUCAAAAUCUUGAGAGUUUAGGUAUUAGCGCUUGUCCUAAUAUGGUAAGCGUGGUGUCAUCGUCAGUGUCAUUCCAAAGUUUGAAAGAGUUGUAUGUUGAAAACUGCAAAGGGAUGACUCAUUUGAUGACAUCCUCCAUUGCUAAAAGUUUAAUGCAACUAGAAAAGUUGAUAGUAAGAAAUUGUGAGAUGAUAAAGGAUGUUGUGAAUGUUGAUGAUGAAGAAGCAGAUGAAGAUAUCAUAUUUGAGAACUUGGAAUACUUAGAACUCUCUACUCUAAUUAGUUUGAGAAGCUUUUGCUAUGGGAAACAUGCACUCAUAUUCCCAUCUUUGAUAUGGUUCAUUGUCAAAGCAUGUCCUCAAAUGGAGGUUUUCUCACCAGGAUCCAUUAUAGCACCAUAUCUGAGGACAGUUGAAGUGGAAAAUCAAAGAAAGCAGUGGAAAGGUGAUCUUAAUAUUACUAUUGAACAAUUAUUCAAAGAUAAUCAGGUAUUUCCAAACUUGAAUGCUUUAAUAGUGAACAAUAAUGAUGUUGAGGUUAUAUUACAAAACAAGACCAAUACAAGAACCUUGAACAUCUUACAGUGUCCGAAUUUGAUAUUGAAGUCAUCACAUUUCCAUAUUGGAUUGGACUCCUUGGAUCACUUUGGUGUGGAAUUGGUGGAGUUUAAGCCGGUGAAGAUGGGAAUUGCUGAAGAAGAGUUUUCGAGGUUGAGACCGCCGUCAACGAAGAUGCAGGAUGCGAUGUACCUCGUUGAGAGUGCUGAACCUGAAUGGCGUCUCGUGGAUGCGAACGUGGUCGAGGGAGAGGACGGAGACCAGGCUAGUAAUGGCAAUGGAAAAAAUUGUGGCAAUGGGACUAAUGGAGGGCUAAUGAUAUUGGCUGCUUUUCUGAAGGUAAAUCCACCAACUUUCAGGGGUACAACUAAUCUGACUAAAGUGGAUAACUGGGCGGCUAAAGAGUUAGAGCUUAUGCAGUUGAAGCAGGGUUCUAUGAUGGUGAAAGAAUACACCAGCAAAUUUGAGGAGUUAUGUCGAUUUUUGAGAGUGUGUCAAGGUGCUUCGGAAGGGUUUGAAGAUUAG